CAACAGUAUCCUAAUCCUACUAUUACCACCGCUCCUUUUCAUGUGUCCAGCUCUUCUCUUCUCUUCCCUUUUUGUUUGAAGUGACUGCUCUUCAGCUCUUCUCUUCCCAGGAGGCCAGGACCGUCGGCUGGCUCGAUCGUGACGCCCGCGCCAGCUAGACGUGGUCAGCUUUCAGUCCACAACUCUGCCCAUUCCGCGUGCAACAGUCAACCGACCACGGCCAGCCAGCUUUCGCCUCAUAUGAUCUCCCAUUAAUGCCCAAGCACUACAAAAACCCGCCACCUUUGCCGCCAGUUCCCCUCCUCCUAUCUCAGGCACUCCAGCAGUCAGCACACCAUCUCUGAGUCUAACAUUAACGAAGCUGCAAAUAAAGAAGCUCACUCGAUCGACCAUGGCCGCCUUCGUCAUUUCUUCGGCGAGGAUCUCCACGCUCGCGGUUGCUCUCCUCGUCGCCACCACGAUCUCCUGCCGAGGCGCCGGAGUCGCGGCGGCCACACUGUCGAACAAGUACUACGACAAGACGUGCCCGGGGCUGCAGCCCAUCGUGCGGUCGGCGAUGGCGCAGGCGGUGGCCGCGGAUCCCCGCACGGGCGCCUCCGUGCUCCGGCUCUUCUUCCACGACUGCUUCGUCAACGGCUGCGACGGCUCCGUGCUCCUGGACGACGCGCCGCCGGGGUUCACGGGCGAGAAGGGCGCCGGGCCGAACCUGGGCUCCGCGCGGGGCUUCGAGGCCGUGGACGCGGCCAAGGCGCAGGCCGAGGCGGCCUGCAACGCCACCGUGUCCUGCGCGGACGUGCUCGCGCUGGCAGCCCGCGACGCCGUGGGCCUGCUCGGCGGGCCGGCGUGGGCCGUCAAGCUGGGCCGGAAGGACUCGCGCACCGCGAGCCAGGCCGCGGCCAACGCCAACCUUCCCGGGCCUGGGUCCGGCCUAUCCUCGCUGCUGGCCUCGUUCGCGGCCAAGGGGCUGUCGGCGCGGGACAUGACGGCGCUGUCCGGCGCGCACACGGUGGGGCGCGCGCGGUGCCUGACGUUCCGGGCCCGCGUCAACGGCGGGGACGCCGGCGUCAAUGCCACCUUCGCGGCGCGGAUCCGGCAGGGAUGCCCGGCGACCAACGGCGUUGGGGACAGCAGCCUGGCGCCGCUGGACGGGGAGACGCCGGACGCGUUCGACAACGGGUACUUCCGGGGUCUCCUGCAGCAGCGCGGGCUGCUGCACUCGGACCAGGAGCUCUUCAGCGGCGGCGGCGGGUCGCAGGACUCGCUGGUGCGCAAGUACGCCGGCAACGCGGGCAUGUUCGCGAGCGACUUCGCCAGGGCGAUGGUUAAGAUGGGCGGCCUUGAGCCCGCGGCCGGGACGCCGCUGGAAGUCAGGAUCAACUGUCGGAAGCCCAACUAGGUGGAGUAGCUACGUAGGUUUGCACCGUUGAUUGACAUGUAAAUAUUUAGUAUGCAAAAGGACACGAUCGAGAGUAACACAUACUCGAUAUUCAUUUUUGUCGAUACAUCCAGAUCCAGGAAAGAAAUUUGCAAUUGCCGAUCAUUUGUCAGAUAAAGACAUACUCAGAACGUACAUUUCACAGAUGGAGCUCACAUUAGAUAUAUGGUUUUGCUAUUGAGAAGCUGCAUGUCCUUUUUGUUAGAGAUUUUAAUCAACCAUAACAAAUGGGAGAGGGAGUUAGGAAUA